GGGGGGACCUGGUGCCGGCCUUCCCGGGGGACCCACCCGGUGCCGCUCUGGGAGAGGAGCCCCUGGCCUGGGGGAAGAGACCCGCGGCCGCUGUCGGAGCGGCUCGAGGCCUAGUGGUGCUGACGGAAGGAAGGGAAGGCCGGCCCUGGGAGCUGCGAUCCCGAUCGCCCGGGCAUUGUCCCGAAUUAGGUCCUUGCACCCGGUGUGCCAGAGGCCGAGCCACGCGCAGAGCCGAGCUCUGAUUCCCUGAACAACCAGUGAUCCCUGUGAUUUCCAGCCAGAGCCAUGGGAUUGUUUGACAAGCUGGCAGGAUGGCUUGGGCUGAAGAAAAAGGAGGUUCAUGUCUUGUGCCUUGGCUUGGACAACAGCGGCAAAACAACAAUCAUCAAUAAACUUAAACCUUCAAAUGCUCAAACUCAGGACAUCGUUCCAACAAUAGGAUUCAGUAUAGAGAAAUUCAAAACUUCAAGUUUGUCUUUCACAGUGUUUGAUAUGUCAGGUCAAGGGAAAUACAGAGACCUCUGGGAACAUUACUACAAAGAAGGCCAAGCCAUUAUUUUUGUCAUUGAUAGCAGUGACAAAUUAAGAAUGGUUGUGGCCAAGGAAGAACUUGACACCCUUCUGAAUCAUCCAGAUAUUAAGCACCGUCGACUGCCUAUUCUCUUCUUUGCUAACAAGAUGGACCUCAGGGAUGCAGUGUCAUCUGUGAAAGUGUCUCAGUUGCUGUCCUUAGAAAACAUCAAAGACAAGCCCUGGCAUAUCUGUGCCAGUGAUGCUCUUAAAGGAGAAGGAUUACAAGAAGGUGUGGACUGGCUCCAAGGUCAGAUGCAAGCAAUGAAGACAUGAGAGAUAAAUAAAGGAUCUAUGGGGUUCUUUUGUACUCUGUCAGUAGGUGAACAAGUUCCUUGGAAAGGAAGAAUGAUUUGAAGAAGAUGAACAGUUCAGCUAAAAUAUCCUGUAUUGACUUGUUUCAUUUUAGUAUCUCUUCCAUGAAAACUGAAUGUAGACAGCCUAGCACCUCAGGUAUGCGCAUUAAUGAAUUAAAUCUUGUGACUGGAGAGCAUAUACAAAAAUAAAAAAACAAAAAUAUUUGUGUUAUUAAUAAACAUCUUUGUUCAUUUGAGGUUUAGGUGAUAAUUUGCCAUCAGGAAAUUCCCCUCUGUUUUUUGGGGGGACUCCUUUUGAGCAAAUGGGAGUAUUUAUUUUCCAGAGAAAGAAUAAUCAAUACUUCCUGAAAUCCAGCUACGUAAGAUACCUACUGAUUUUAGGUGCCCAGUCUUAGGCAUUAGUGCCAUUUUUUUAUAUUAAAGUUUGACACUGGGUUUUUAUCAUCCAUCUCUAAUAGACUUCUAUAAGAAUAUUUUGAUUAAAGAUACAAGGAUUCAGUUGUUCAGUGUAUUUGGUACAGAUGAUUGCAGAUGUUUAUAAGAAAUUGCUUUUAAUGAAAUGUUAUGAUUUGUUUUUGUGAUUAUGCCAUGGUUAUAUUUGCAUUCCCAUCAAUAAAACUUAAAAUAUA